GCCGCACGGCCGCGUCGCUCUCGUUUUGCUGCCAGCGCUUUUGCCACCAUGUCGGAGAUGGCCGAGCUGUCGGAGCUGUUCGAAGAGUGCGGUGACCUGCAGAUGGACGUGAUGCCCGGCGAGGGGGACCUUCCGCAGAUGGAGGUAGGCGGCGGGGCCCGAGAGCCGUCGGCGAGUGCGCUGCAGCUGGAAGAGGAAGGCCCGAUGGAGGAGGAGGAGGAAGAGGAGGAGGAGGAGGCCCAGCCCAUGGCGGCGCCCGCGCGGAGACGCGGCCCGGGGGAGCAGGGCGCCGAGGGGGAGAGCGAGGACGAGGAGUUUGACGACUGGGAGGACGACUACGACUACCCCGAGGAGGAGCCGCUGAGCGCCGCGGGCUACCGGGUGUCGGCCGCCCUGGAGGAGGCCAACAAGAUGUUCCUGGGCACGGCGCGAGCGCGCCAGGCCGCGCUGGAGGGCGGCUUCCAGAUGCACUACGAGAAGACCCCGUUUGAUCAGCUGGCCUUUAUCGAGGAACUCUUCUCGCUCAUGGUGGUCAACCGUCUCACGGAGGAACUGGGCUGCGAUGAGAUAGUGGACAGGGAGUAGAGGCUCCGCGCUGACUCGAGGAGGGACCCCGGCACGCCGCUUUUCUCCGGGGGUCGUUGCAGAUAAGCUCCGUCACUACAAGAAGCUGUUUCUGGUUUUGUUUUUGUUUUUUUUUUUUUUUUUUUUCCAAAUGCAAGACAAUGGGACCUAGGCAGUGCAGUUAGGAAGAGCAGGAGGAGUUAGGACUGCUCAAGUUCCUUGUCAGCAACACCCUAAAAGGCCUCUGGCGUUAGAAUUUGGUGAAUAACCCAAGUUAUUUUCUGUGCGUUGGGAAAGCAUUGAAAAAACAAACGGUUUUGCAGGAGUACUUCACGACCAAGACAAGCAGCCAAUGUAAGAGCCCACUGAUCAUAAUUAUAUGAUGGGAAAAAAAAAAGUACCCACAAGAUUCUUUGGAUUGCAAGCCUGUUAGAAAACUUCGGAAAUCACACAUUAUGAGCUAUUUCUGCUAUGGCUAUCCAAGGAUUUCAGUGUAAGGUAAAUUGAGUAUUCUUCAUUAUCCAAAUGGAUGCACGAACUCAGAAGUGUUCACCACACACGUGGCAUCUUCAGACGCGUCGCCAAGAGCAUCUUGAGAUCAUGUCGGUACAUUUGUCUAGAUUGCUUAUAAAGCUGUUUGCUCUAUAAUCUGAAAAAUCGAUUGUAAUGACUGCUUUUAAAAGUCAAAAGUUAAGCAACCUAUAAAAAGUUUAAAAUGUAGAUAUCAAAAUGAAGGUAAAAGUACAAAGAAAAGCUUUCUCACCCCCCUCACCUACUGGACAAGUGUUGUUCUGCUUGCUUUGUUUUUAACCUGACAGGUAAAAGACUGGUGGAACUUCUUACUCUACAAACGCUUGGUGACCGUUAUCGAGGGAAAGCUCUACAUCUAGAAGCUUUAUGAACGGUGGUACUGUUGACCUCUCAAGGUUUUAAUCUGCCCAGAAAUGCAACUCAGUAUCUGAAGUUUCUCUUUGUCUCCUCCUCGAAUUAAGCAUAUUAUUUGUUAUGCACCAGCAUUGAUGUUAAUAAAAUUCCUUGUUGUAUA